CUGUCGGAAAAUAGGAGUCCCGGUCCCUGGAUAUAGGGUGCCGUUUAUAAUUAUCUUCUUCGUUUUUUUAGGCGCAAAUAUAAUGAGACGCGAGGCUGUGAGAGUUGGAGAUAUUUCCCGGUAAACGGUAGAAAUUGGUUUCGCUCUGAGAGCCUCUGAAAACUAAGAGGGCGGCAGGCAGUAGUAGUGGUCGCCACUUCAAUGGCGCUGCUGCAUAACGUGUGCUCCGCUCCCCUCGCGCGAGCAGUUCGUUCUCGUUCCAUUUCCAUCCCUUUGCGUACAGUUUCCCUCCCAUCUCCGCCCCGCGUUUCUCAGUCUCAGCUGGAUUCUCGCAUCCUCCUUGGCAUGUCCGAGCAAGAGCUUCAGCAGGUCGCUAGAGACUUUGGCCAGCAAAGCUAUCGAGGAAAGCAACUUCAUCAUCUUCUUUACAAGACUAAGGCCAAAGAAAUUCAGGAUUUCAGUCACCUGCCUCAGGCCUUUAGGAGUGAUCUUCAGGAAGCUGGAUGGAGGGUUGGGAGAUCGCCCAUUCAUCGUGCCGUUGCCGCGGCUGAUGACACUAUUAAGAUAUUAAUAAAACUGGAGGACAAUAGAUUGGUUGAGACAGUUGGGAUACCGGUUGAAGACAAUAAAGGUUCUUACCGCCUCACUGCAUGUGUCUCAUCACAGGUAGGCUGCCCAUUACGUUGCUCAUUUUGUGCUACUGGCAAGGGAGGAUUUUCAAGGAACCUUCAGCGGCAUGAAAUUGUUGAGCAGGUGUUGGCUAUAGAGGAGCUCUUCAAGCAUAGGGUGACAAAUGUUGUGUUUAUGGGAAUGGGUGAACCAAUGUUGAAUCUGAAAGCAGUUUUAGAGGCACAUCGAUGCUUGAAUAAGGAUGUGCAAAUUGGGCAAAGAAUGAUUACAAUUUCAACUGUGGGGGUUCCAAACACAAUUAAAAAAUUGGCAUCACAUAAACUACAGUCUACAUUAGCUGUCAGCUUGCAUGCUCCAAACCAGAAACUUCGGGAAACAAUUGUGCCAAGUGCAAAAUCCUAUCCAUUGCAUGCACUUAUGAAGGACUGCAAGGAUUACUUCCUAGAAACUGGUCGCAGAGUAUCAUUUGAAUAUACACUUUUAGCUGGAGUUAAUGAUGGGGUAGAGAAUGCUGUUGAACUAGCAGAACUACUCCAUGCAUGGGGACGUGGUUAUCAUGUGAACCUGAUACCAUUCAAUCCAAUAGAAGGCUCAGAGUACCGGCGUCCAUACAAGAAAGCGAUGUUAGCAUUUGCAACUGCCUUAGAGUCUCGUAAAAUAACUGUAAGCAUCCGGCAGACACGUGGGCUUGAUGCAAAUGCAGCUUGUGGACAGCUCAGAAAUGAGUUCCAGAGGAAUCCUCUGCUUGCAUUAUCCGGUAAUUCAGAAACCCAAUUGGUUGCCCCUAUUGGCUGAUGCCACAAGGAUCCCAGAUCAUUUCAAACUUGGUAUGCUAGCCAUGUCUGGUAUCUUAUUUUCCCUGCUAAUGUGUAUAAUAAGAAUCAAGAGAAAAUGGGAUUUGCUGAUGGCCCUUCUGCUGUUCAUAAUGAUCUCAAGCAUGGAAGGAGGUUGCAAUUUACAUCUAGAGUCUCAAGUAACUUGAAGAAAUGAUGAGAAUGGGGCUGACGUGAAUUAUUGAGCAGUUGGUCUCGGAGGUGAAGGCCUGACUGGACCAAGAAAAUACCCUACCUGGUGGAUUGAGUUGGCAUCUUCCUUUUCCAAGAAUUCCACUCACGACGUGGGUGUGUAUAAGCAACACAACAAAAAGCUUGAAAGCUGAUUUAUUCUCUUUGCUUGGCUCUUGUUAAA